AUGACUGACGUUGAAGAAUCCACUGUUGAAGUGCAUCCAGUGUCCUUUCCACCAGAAAUACUAGCUCGUAUUUCUCCAGACUUAUCACUACAAAGGCAUUUAUCUUUGGGGUUCAGACCAUCCUCAAGAGGGUUUGAAGAGUUUAGAGAUAUUACAAUAAAUACUGGAGACGUAACACGCCGUAUUCAAUCUGAUGAUAACUCUGUUAAGAUACCACCAAAUAAUGGAAAACAAGGACUAGGUUCCUGUGUUUUGAAACAAGGUGACGUAUUCGUAAUUACUCAAAUUACUGGUGGUAUAAUUGAAGAUAUUACGCUAUCAAAAAAUGAUAUGGAACUGGAAGAUGAUACAGAGUUAUUGGAAAUUACCAAAGAGCAUUCUGAUAUUACAAAAUAUUCUUCUGUAUAUCCAGUGGUCGAAAUAAAUAGAGGUAGAAUGGGUGCAUGUACUGAUGAAGAAAUGACGAUAUCCCAACGUCUAUACGAUUCAUUACUUCAUUCACAUAUAUUAACCCAAGAUGUAUUAAGAGUGGAACCUGGUGUUCGUAUAACAAAUGAAGACGGUUCUGUAAGUAUUAUCUAUCCAGAUACCAAAGAGAAUAAAGAAAUUACAAAUGCUUUAAAGCCUAAAAAGAAAUGGUCCUAUGUAUUAUAUGCUAAAAUUGAAGUUUUUGGGAGAACUGGUCCAGUCUAUGAUAUGUGUUGGAACUCACUAAUAGCUGCAUUACAAUCGGUGAAAUUACCAAGAACUUUCAUAGAUGAACGUGCGACGGAUUUAAAGAUGACAGUAAGAGCUAGAGGAAGAAAUGCUGUUGUAAUGGAGACCUAUAAUUUACUUUGUGAUCCAAAUGAAAGUACUAAUUUACAAUUAAGAGAGAAUAGCAUAUCGUAUGCCUCUACAUAUGGUAUCAUUGAUCUCGAUCCAGAGGCAGAUAUUACUAAUCUAGAGAAUAACGAUGACGUGGACGAACCAAUGGAUGAGGGGUUAGAGACUAAGACAGUUCUGUUAGCAGAUAUAGAUGGAGAAGCUGAAGAAACUAGUAUUAAAUCAACUAUUUCUAUAACUGCAUGUCCAAAUGGUAGAUUUAAACAAUUUAGUGUUGUUGGUGGUGGAGCUAAAAUAACGAAGGAACUGUUAAUGAGAUCAAUCACCCUUUCUAAACAAAGAUCUAGAGAUAUAACAUUAAAAGUACAAACAGUUUAA